GGAUUCCCCAUUCACCUCUGGUUCUAUCAUUCUAUGUUCCAUUAUACAGCACUGGAGCUGCUAGCUGCACGAGCAGAAUGCCUUAUCUUACUAGUACACGCAGCUGAAGUCCUCCAGUCAAAGCGACCUGAAGUUUAACCCCGACCGAGUCACCUCUCUUUGUAUAAAGCUUAGAACACCGCUUACUUUCUGUACCUUCACAUUUCGUUAUUUAGUUUCAGAAUUAGUGUGAAAUAGCCCGUUUCUCGCUUGUCGUUUAAGAGAUGCGACUUCUCUUUGCCCAAUAGACUUCCCGGGUUACAUGUCAUCUACGGUCGCAGUCUUUAUUAUUAAUAACUCUUCGCCUUUACUUUUAGCCUUCUUCAUUAUUGGUGUAUUAUAAUCGCUUAUUGUUCCUAUACCUCAACCUACUUUAAACGAACCCUCUCACCCGGGGUUUCCUCUCACCCCGCCAUGGCCGAAACGAAAGACGCCGCCAAAUCGGACGGAAGUCUAGACCAAGUGCAAGAGAAGAAUGAUGAAGCGCCACCACAAUACAGUGCGGGAAACGGCCAACCUCCACCUAAUCAAUUCCCGGUUGAAGCCGCCGAUGACUUGAAUUCUGCCUUCGAGUCUCUUAAAUUAUCAUCUAAAACCGAGGAGGUCACCCCAGACACUUGUUUAGCACAUCUCAAGCUGCUUGCCGCUUUUCAGGCCUUGAAAGAAGAUGUUGGCUACACCGAUGGCCUGUGGGGCCUCUACGACAGUCGUGUUCUCUCGGCAAACGAUAAGAAGACCGGGGCUAUCGAGAAGAACCUCAAGCUUGAAGAUGAGACUGGUAAGCGCUUGGCUGCAGUGCGAGAGAAACGAUGGGGCAUUUUUGUCGCGAGAGCCGUCGAUCGUUACGAGGUGUGGUGGAGUAAGCUCUCAAAGAGCCAUUUGACCGAGGCCGAUAUGGAUAAGGAUACAGGUAGAUAUAAUGGGUUUACAACCGAGGGCACUCGCCUUCCGUGGGCAGAGAACAUCCUGCCACCUUUGGAUGUCUUGAUGGUUUGGCAUGCUCACAUGCUCAAUCCCAGGGCUUAUCUUGAAGAUUGUCUUCUACACUGUCUGGGCGGGCUGUGGACAGCCGGUAUGCCCUGGAAGCUUAUUAACAAAGCAAUCGAUACGAGCUUCAACUACAACGUUUCUAAAGAUUGCAAAAAGGCGUGGGAGCACAUCAUAGGCCUUAAGUGGGACAACGUGGAUGACCCACUUGUUAAAACUCUCAAAUGUCCGACUUGUUCGACGAUCCACGAGAUCCCGUGGACCACGUGCAAUCUGCCUGAAUCUUACGACGGCUCCGAUCCCGGUCUACUCGGAGAAGGUUAUGGAGAUGGCAAUUUUACACUCGUGUGUUCUUGCCGUAAGACUCUUACACGGGAAUUUCUCGAGGUCGCCAAGUUUGUGAAAGACGUCAAACAACUUCUUUCUCACGGUCGACCUAUGCCUGGCACAAUACUAGAUUAUGAUACGGGGCUACCAAAAACAACUCCAAAAACCCCCACACUGAAUGACCGGUUCGAGCGCACGUUUCCAAAUAGGCUGAUCAAGAAACAUUUGCGCAGCAAGUUGCUAGAAUUGAUUGAUCCCAAAACUUUACCAACGCGGUCGAUGAAUAAUGUCCGCGUACUCAUCGAAAAUGCAAUCCAAGACGAUGCAGCCAUGAGGGAAGUUGAGAACAUCGUGGCGUUUCGCGAUUCAUUAAAGAGUUACCGGCUGGGGACAAACGCCCGUAGGCACACAAGAAAAAUGAUGUCGCGUUACUGGGGAAACUCCUCGCCUUUCGCGCUCGAGCUCGGCGGUGCGGUUAUGCGCCAAGGAAUAUUUGUAGAAAAAAUGAACAAGAUUGAUUGGCUUCAUAGUCCGGCGGCUCGGGACACGAUGGCGCGCCUAAUACAGAAAUAUGAGCGCUUCGUAAAGCUUAUGUUGUUUCACCCACACCAAAUCGUUGUUCCAACUCUAGAUGUUGACUUGGCUUGGCAUACUCACCAACUUAGUCCUUUCAUAUACACUCAAUUUAUGUUAAGGAAGACUCGCAAACUAGUCGACCACGACGACAAAAUCGACGAGGCCAAGCUAUCUACGGCAUUCGAGUGGACGAGCAAAACAUACCAAGAGGUCUUCGGUGAGAUCUACUCGGAAUGCACUUGCUGGUACUGCGAAUCCAUCCGCAUCUCGCACGUUUCGACCGUGGGAAGCAUCCUCAAAGUAUCCAAAAACGAGAAGAUCUCCGAAUCCUUCUACUCAUCCGGCCGCGCCUCCCUCUGCCCCCCGGACAACAGCGCCCACAUCUCCGCACACAACAGCGUGCGCUUCAAAAACGUCGACGACCACCGCGACGCCAUAAACCGGCGCAUACACGUCGCACACCAGGCACACCUCGACCGGAACUACGAGCGCGCACAGAAACGCGCGAAGAGAAAGGGGAGAGAGUUGCCCCCUAGAGACGAGUAUUAUUACAGCUACUGGGGGUAUCCUUACAUGCUGUACGGUCCUUACGUGUAUCCUCUUUACUUCACGCCUGCGUGUUAUCCGUUCGGAGACCCGGGUGUCGCGAUGGCGGGACAGGGGUCUCAGGGUGCGUGUGCUGCGGGGGCUUGUGGACAGGGUGGUGGUGGGUGUGGCGGGAGUGGGGGAUGUGGUGGUUCUGGAGCUGGUGCUGCAGUGAGUAUUUGAUACCUAUCUACCUACCUAUUGCUUUUAGAUCGGGGAUCGGGGGUUAGGGAGAGA